AUGUGUUCUAAACGCACUUUGUUGCUCUUGGUCAUUGUCUCACUGACUGUGUUGAUAGUAUCGUCAGCGAACAUCGAACGACAAAGCAGAUCUUUUUUAAGUAGACUGAACCUUUCUCUUUUGGGUCUAGGACCCCGUUGUAGGGGUUGCCCUACCCACUACUGUGAUGACGACCCCGCGCUAGUACUUGGAUAUUGCUGUGGAUGCGCCAGAUAUUUCGGUAAAUCGAUACCUAUAGUUUUGUCUACAACAAUUUUUAAUGGACAAAUUGUGUUUUUCCAGAUAGCCUACCAGUGA